AUGGCCUCAUCAUCUUCCCCUACUGCAGAAACUGUCAUUCUCUCCGAAGCUCUUGAUGCCAGUAACAAGCCUAUCAUCGCUGUGGAUAUCGAUGAAGUGCUCACACCUUUUGUUCCGUUAUUGAUUGAAUUUUAUAACAAGCACCACUUGUUAGAGGGACAACAACCACUCGAUAUGAAAAUGUUUCACUCCUAUCAUUUCCGAGAUGUAUGGGAUGGAAGUGAAGAAAGGUCAAAACAAAUUGUGGACGAAUUUCUUCAAAGUGAAUUGUUUUUAGGACAACCAAUUUUGGAUGAGACUGCUUUUGACGUUUUACAAAGUUUAUCUACAAAAUACAAACUAGUCAUCGUAACAUCUCGACAACACAAACUUAAGGAACAAACACAAAUGUUUCUACAGAAAUAUUUUCCCAACACUUUCGCUGAAAUAUUAAUGGGAAAUCACUAUGGAGAGACUGGCCAAACUCAAAUGACAAAACCUGAAAUGUGUCGUCAAUUGAAUGCUGUUUUACUGAUUGAUGACUCUCUUAAAUAUUGUCAACAAUGCGUAGAUGAGAAAAUUCCUGCAAUUUUAUUUGGAAAUUAUGCAUGGAAUGUAAAUAGUCAGCCAUUGGAUUCACAUUGGAUUAUUCGAGUGGAUGGAUGGUCACAAGUUGAACAAGCUGUGGAGACCAUGCUUAAACAGCACAACCAUAUUUGA